CAUGACUCGUGGACUAGUCCUAACGAGCUAUCUUUUCAGCUACAAAAGCAGAAGAGGCUCAUCCAAUUGCACCCGCAUAAGCAGUAGUGACAAAUUUCAUUCUCGUGCAGCAAUGGUCUCCGAAAUUUCUGCAAGUCCCUUCUCACUUUGCUGAAUAUGAGGUUGUAGUGUUGCAGCCUGUCUGGCCUAGCAGGCCUUCCAAGUCUUUCUCGCUUUCGAUCCGUCAGCAAUUUUGGAGCCCACAAGUGGGUCGCCAGCUUAAGUUUUUGCAGAUCUGGGAACCGCCAGUAAAGUGCAGUGAAGUAAUUAAGCUGCAAGAAGUGGUGUGAGUCGUCACAAGGAGCACAGUCACUGAUGUUCCUAGCGUCAGUGAUCUGAGCAUUCAGCGCUUUAAUCAGACGUGACGUCAAUAUGGGCCAAUACUGGUGGUGCGCUUUCUACUACGGUCGCCUGCUCAGCGCAGGUUCCCACACGCGCCUCCUCAACAGCGACCUGGUUAAGGCUAACCCGGGCAUCCUUGACCGAUUCUUAUGGAAAUACCAGGUAGACCACCACAAGGGCUGGUGGAUUCUUCACCUCCCCGGGCACUGUCAGAAAGUGGGUUUCGUUGACCCGGUUCUGGAACCUCGCGAGUUUGAGGCAGGGCGCGUGGAAUGGUCGGAGGUAACCUGUGUCGCGGACAAGUGGGUUAACGACUUCGAUUGCGAGGAUAUGAAGAUGCUGAAGGAGCUCAUUAGGGCUGCAGCGCCGCCGAGGCUUCUCAGCUGCCGCAAGGAGCACUUCCGAGAACAGGUCUAG